CUAGCGGUAGCUUACCCGGAGACCAUGUCCCCACAACAUCCCAAUGGUUGGUGUAUCUCGAACCUCCACGCUUGAUGUUUGUUCUAACUGUGACUGCAGGCCCUUGUUCGACAUGGAUUUCAGAUGCACAUGAUCGUUCACUUUCUGUCAUUGUUUACCAGCGAUUAGGUGGUGUAGAUGUACUGACUCCUAGUUCCUUAUAGUGUUGCCUCUUUUCUUCCAGAUAGUCUGGAUUUAGAUCUCUCACACAAUGUCCACGAAGAUCAAGCACGACCCAGAGAACAUGUCUUUGUCCCAGUCAUCUUUGCACACUAUGGACCAGAUGUCUCAGCCGAGACCAAACCAAAUGAUCCCAGGAAUUCCCAACAUGGCCUCCAGAGGACUCCAGGAUGAUGACCUUUCGAGCCAGGACAAUUUCUCCUUGUGUUCAAGCACACACCCGAACCACGGAACCCCCAGUGACUUGAAGGGGUGGUCUCUGAGCGACGUGGACGCACUUGACAGUGGUGCGAUGUCCAAACCAGAGUCCCCGGAAGUCCAGAUGCUCUCUUUCUCUUUUUCCCAACAACUGCUGCCAUCGACCGUUGGCCCUAGUGAUGUAAUGUAUCAUCACGCUGGAUCCGAUUUCUCAGGCAUCCAGGACAUGACCGAGCCCAAUGACCUGGAUUUCUCUCAUGCACAUGACUUCAACCACUACUCCUCAUUAGUUGACUUCUCUGCCUUUGAUAAUGAUGUUUGUGGCCAGAAUGGUACCCAGUCCUCUUGCACUCCCGAUGAUGCUCUCAGCCACAGCUCUCACACGGAUGACGGCCACCUGGCCGCCAACGAGGCGUGGAACUCCAUUGUUGCAGACACACGGAACUACCAAGGAUCGCCCAUGGAUCAAUAUACCACUGGCAUGUUCCAGUCAGUGCCUGUUUCUCCUCCGUUGUCUGACGCGAGUAAUGAUAUUUCUGUUACUUCCUCUUGCUCCGGAUAUCCCACCUUCAUGAGCCAUGAAGAUGCCAUGUUGAAAGAUGUGACUACUACCCCCGUUGGAAGCCAUGGAAUAAACCUAGGAGACCCCCUGUUCCCACUCACCCCGCCUUUGAGUGAACAGGACCCCAACAGAACCAUCCGGGCUUCUAAGAAUGCACGUAGGCCAGCUCUGCAGACCUCUCUCUCCCAGCCCCAGGUAAAGCAGGACCCAGAGUUUUUCCCUCCCUUGCCGGUCAAGGAGACACUCCGUCAGAAAGCCAAGGAAGGCGCCGACCUGCGCAACCCCCGGGAUCACCCCUACUACUCUUUGCCCACCCACAGCGAUGGAAAGUACUACUGCCCAUUUGCCAACGGAGAGAAGCCCUGCAACCACCCUCCCACCACCCAGAAGUGUGCCUAUCACAAAUACCUGGAUUCUCACCUGAAGCCCUACCGCUGCAAGGUGGCCGCCUGCAUGGAUGCUCAGCUGCAGUUCUCUUCGAACGCGUGCCUUUUCCGCCAUGAGCGCGAGGCCCAUGGAUUCCACGGUCAUGGAGACAACCCUCACCUUUGCCUGUUUGAAGGCUGUGACCGGUCGGUCCCUGGAUACGGAUUCCCCCGCCGCUGGAACCUCUUUGACCACAUGAGACGGGUGCACGACUUUGCCUCUUCCGACAGGCACAGCUCCCCGGAUGCUUCCCCCACCACUGGUCCGGCUAAGAAGAAGGAGACUGCUGGGCGCAAGCGCAGAGUUGCGGGUGUCACUGGCGCCCCGACCAUGAAGCGCACUCGCUCCACCCAGUCUCAGACCAACCCCCUGAAGGCUGCUCAGCAGACUUCUGCCCACCACGGCCAGAGACUCCAGAAUGCGGAGAGAAACUACUACAACUGCCGCUCUCGCUUGCUGGAGGAGCUCACCAACAUCACACCCCAGGAUUCCUCCAUGCACGAGAAGGUCAAUGCCAGCCUUCAGGAGCUGAUCACCCUUGGACUCAACUACCGCCACAUUGAGGCCAGCCAGGCUGCUGCCCAGAUUGCUCACGGUCUUCCUGCGUGAAUGAUUCACUGAUAU